AUGAUCUGCACACAGAAUAUUUGUAGUAAAAAUUUUCUAAUAAUAGGUUCUUUAGAUCACAUCCCUGACAAUAAGGUUAGUGUUAAAGCAAAAAUAAUGGAAAUUUUACAUAUAAAUACAAGUAAAAACUGUAAAAAAUCAUUAUUAUCGAAUGAAGAUAACAAACCAUACAGUAUAGCAUACAUUUCAUAUUUUAAGGACUAUGAUAACAACAGCUCAUUAAUUAGAAUAAAUAUCAGACAGGAAGAAUAUAACUACUUUUUUUGUAUAUGA